CUAGUAUACAUAAUAAGAAGUAAUUUAUUCAGUAGAAAAUAUAGAUUCGGCUAAUUUUUAUAAAUAAUUGCUAAUACAUAGUUUGAGGCAAGAAAGCACAUCUCAAAAAAGCUGAACAAGUUAUUAAUUCAAUGGUUGGAAACAGUAGCAUCAUAUUAUCAGAAGUGGAAAACGAAGUGACUGGUUUAAUUUUAAUAAAUACAACUAGUCCAAGUUAUAAGAUAUGACGAUCUUUCUAAAAAUAUUCAUUUUAGUUUGUUGUUUGAUACAAUUUUCCUUAGCCGACAUUCCGUUAGUGGUUAAUACAUGGACUUUCACUGAUGCAACAGCAAAUGCAUGGCAAGAACUUAAAAAAACUGGCAAAUCCGUCAGUGCAUUAGUAGAAGGCUGUAGAACCUGUCAAUCGUUGCAAUGCGACUUUACAGUAGGCUAUGGUGGAAGCCCCGAUGAGAAUGGAGAAUCCACUUUGGACGCUAUGAUAUUUGAUGGUAACACAAUGGAUAUGGGUGCCGUUGGUGGUAUAAGACAAGUAAAAGAUGCAAUCGGAGUAGCUAGAAAGGUGCUUGAAAACACACAGCACUCAUUAUUGGUUGGAUCACUCGCUGCUGAUUUCGCACACAAAUUGGGCUUUCCUGAAGAAUCUUUGGCUACUAAAUAUUCGACUAAUCUCUACGAAACAUGGAAAAAGGAGAAUUGCCAGCCCAAUUUUUGGAAGAACGUUCUACCGGAUCCUACCAAAAGUUGUGGGCCCUACAUUGGACAAUAUCAUAGACACGAUCCGACUCUAACUAAUGAGAUACCGCGGGAUGAGUGUAGCGUCUUCAAUACUGGCAAUCACGAUACCAUCGGAAUGAUUGUGAUUAAUAAUGAAGGCCACUUCGUAGCUGGUACUUCAACAAAUGGGGCCAAUCAUAAAAUUGCUGGGAGAGUUGGUGAUUCGCCAAUUCCUGGAGCAGGUGCGUAUGCUGACAGCGAAAUUGGAGCGGCAACGGCUACAGGAGAUGGCGAUGUUAUGAUGAGAUUUUUACCAAGUUUUUUGGCUGUUGAACAAAUGCGCCAAGGUGUAACUCCAACCGAAGCAGCGCAAACAGCCAUAGCAAGAGUGGCUGCAAAACAUCCAAGCUUUUUUGGAGCCGUAAUUGCAGUGGAUAAAAACGGAAAUGUCGGCGCUGCUUGUAAUGGUAUGGAGAAAUUUCCAUUUUCUGUGAUGAAUUCAACCACAAAACAACCAAUUUUAAAUUAUGUUGAUUGUUCAAACCAAUAAAUUUGAGAUUGUAAUUGUAAAUAAAUAUUAUUUUUAAAUAUGGCAUUUCUUUUCAUUUGUGUCAGUAAUACCUGGUGAAGCCCCUGAUUACCAAAGUCAUAGAGACCAAGACAUCCAAUAAUAUUAACAGUGUUUUCAGCAAUAAUUUCAUUAUUAUUUAAUCAAUAAGGCAUGUUUUAAUUGUACCUACCUGAUUUGGCAUUAAUUGCUUCUUUAUUUAUUUAUUUUAAAAAAAAUGCUCUUAAUAAUAAUACAUUGUCAUAAUUCUACUGGCAGCGUAGUUCCUUCAACAACCUCGCCAAUUUAGGAGUGCACAAAUCCAAGGGUGUCUGCUUAUCCUUAUUCAGCAACGAAUAAUCCGCACCAUUUUUGGCCAAAAGAAGCGCCUCUUCUUGUCUAUCUUCCUCGCAAGCCAAAUGCAAGGCGGAAUUGCCAUAGACGUCGCGGUGAUUGAUCUUCAGAUCAUUAGCGCGUUCUAGCAGAAUCUUUAUUAUUUCCAAAUUUCCUUUGGAGGAUGCUCUGUGCAGGGGCGUACUGCCACGUUUAUCGGUUAUGUUGAUAUCGGCGCCACUGUCAAGAAGUUUCAUGCAAAU